GUGAAUAACAGUCUCGUCCACGAAGUAUGUUUAUUAUCGACAAUGCGAAACAGACUGCAGUGGCGGAAUGAAAAUGGCUAAUUGUCAGGUUCGUUGGUGCAGCAGGCAAUACCUAGCACGUACCUUGCUAGAGAAAUAUUUGUGGUAGAUCCUCGAUGAAUCAAGAGUAUGGCUUCUGGUGCGUCUUCCUUGGAUAGUGCUGGAAGUAGUGAAAGAGAUAGUGGAGGCUAUGGCAGUGUCAGCAGUCCUGUUGGUGGGCCUGAAUGUCGUAGUGAUUAUGAUGGUUUGCAAGCACAAUGUGAUCAAGCCAUGCAUCAGCUUCAGCUACUUAGGCAUAAGCACUCCGAUACUAUAAGACGGUGUGAACAUACUAUGAAGGAAUUGGAAUACUACAGGGGACAACAUAUAGCAGUCAUGAAUCAGUUAGAGGCAACAUCACAAGAAAGUUCCGCGCUGCGCGGCAAAUAUGGAGAUUUAGUGAAUGACAAGCAACGCUUGGACCGCGAAGUUCAGGCGUUACAAAAGGAAGUGUCUGAAUUAAGAUGUCAGAAUCAAGAAGUCCUUGUUUCUGAUGCUAGUAAUAAUGAUACUAUGAAUCAGCACUAUUUAUCUGCACUUCGAAAAUAUGAAGCUGUUAAAGACGAGUACGAUGCACUUAGAAAACGCGCAGUUCGCGAGCGCAAUGGUUUAAAACAACAGUGUACCGCUGCUAUUAGACAGUGGGAUAUUGCAUUAAGGGAAAGAAACGAAUAUCGUGAAGCCUUAGCCAAAGUACAGCAACAACAUGAGGAAGCAGUGAAAGAAAUUAAUCAUGCAAUGGUGCUACGCAUGAAGGCUAGUAAAGAUAUGAAACGAUUAACGGAGGAAAGAAAUGCCGCAUUGCAAGAGUAUAGUUUAAUUAUGGGCGAACGAGAUACAGUGCAUAAAGAGAUGGAAAAACUUGGUGAUGAUCUUACGCAAGCAUAUACAAAAGUCACACAUCUAGAAAAUCAAAAUAAACAAUUUAUGGAGGAGAAAAAAGCUUUAUCCUAUCAAAUUGAAACUUUAAGAAGAGAAAUUUCAUCCGCUUUGCAAGACCGAGAUGAUGCUUUGAAACAAUGUAACGAAUUACGUCAAAAGUUUGGUGAUUAUUCCGAAGGUUCAAACAGAGAUUAUAAAAAUCGCAUGGAAUUACACUCGUAUAAUCGUGAACGAGAUAAUUCAAACAAAGAAGCAGAAAGAGAAAAUAACACGGCAGAUUACACUAAGCGAGAUAAGGAACGUAUGGAUAACUUGGAUCAAGCGAACUUGGAGUUAGAUAAACUUAGAAAAUCGGUCGACAAGUUGCAAGCGGAACUCGAAGAAGCUCUUCAAGAAGCAGAGGUAUCAAAGCGAAGGAGGGAUUGGGCUUUUAGUGAAAGAGAUAAAAUAGUUUUAGAAAGGGAAAGUAUUAGAACUCUCUGCGAUAGAUUAAGAAAAGAACGUGAUCGCGCGGUUUCGGAACUAGCGGGUGCUUUACGUGAUUCUGAUGAUAUUAAGAAGCAACGGAAUGAAGCAUCGAAGGAAUUGAAGGAUCUCAAAGAAAAGAUAGAAUCUGGUGAUCAUGCGUUAAGGGCAAGUCAAUUUGUACAAAGCUUAGCGCAUACACAUGAUUCAACGAUCGAUACCGAUGUCAGUGACUGGGAAAUUCUUGCUAUACAUUUAGAUCUUAGUCGAGUUUGUUUGGAUUCUGAUCGCGAUUUGGGAUUGACAUUAGUUGGCGGUCGUGACAAUCCAUAUUAUCCAAAUGAUACAGGAAUUUAUGUUGCUCAAGUGACAUCAGGAAGUGCUGUUGAUGGUAAAUUAAGAGUGAAUGAUUGCAUUAUGCGAGUAAACAAUGUAGAUUGUACGUCUGUUUCUACGCGUGUAAUUAUGGAAACUCUACGUACCUGUUCGGUGGGAUCAGCUACAUUAACUGUUAGAAGACGGCGUUUGACUAGAAGAUCGUUAAGAACAACGCAAUUGCCUGUUGGUUCAGUUCCUCAUGGUAUUACUUUGGAACUUGGAGUAUACAUUUCAAAGAUUUCGCCUGGUAGUUUAGCUGCUAAAGAUGGCAAUCUCGCUGUUGGAGAUAGAGUUUUAAAUAUCAAUAGCAAGCCGAUGGAAGGCAUUAAUUCCAGUCAUGAAGCGAUGGCAACAUUGAAUGAUACAACUGCGGAUGUGAUAACUAUUACGACCUUGAAAGGAAUACCAUUGCCUUCAGCAACUAGUUCUGAAACUAUGACUAUUGAUGAUAGCUUUGCCACUGAGAAGCAAAAAAUGGUGAACAGUUGUUCUCAAACAGAACAAGAAAGAAUAUUGUUGAAGAUCCCGUCAGACGAUUACGAAAGAAGACACGUCGCUUCGAAUUUCACUGAUAGAAGUAUUUAUAAAAUUUCGAAAUCCGUUAGUGCUGAAAAACCAAGUGGAAUUAGCAAUGCUUGGGACAAUAUACGCGAAAAGAUAGACAUAGUACGGGGACGUAAGCACAGCAAAGAUCGAGAGGAGAAGAAGAAACGACAUCGCAACUCAAGUCCGAAUACCUUUGAGCAAGAACAAGACGCGAUAGCGGAAUUGGAUUCAGUAAUUGAAAGCUACCACAAGAAAGCAAAUAAUGGCGUACUGAAACGAAGUAAGCGACGCGGAACCGAAAAAGUUGAGAAAAAUGGAGGUACGUGGCCGAAAGCCAGAGGUGGGCCUCUGAUUCAAAAUGGUACUGGUACUAUUUUACAUCCACGUAAGACAAAAGAAAGGUUACCCUUAAGUGUACUCCUUAAUCAACCACCAAAAUAUGAAAGUUAUAAUUAUAAUCGUAUUUCUAACCCUAUUCCCUUAACCAAUUUCUCUAAUGUAAACAACCGGCAUACGGUUUAUAAACCUGUAGAAAAACCAUUACCAAAUUUCCUUAAAACUGGACCGUUAUUUAGUCAAAAAUCCUUUACUCCAGUGGUGCAGUUCAAAGAUAUACCGAUAGAUAAGAAACCAGCCACCGAAUUCGAGAACACGGAAAAUAGACUCAGUUCUACGUUGACACCAUCUGAGACUAGUAUCGAUUUUUCCGUGAAAUCGGGAAAUACCGGGAAAGACGUAGAAUAUUUCUCGAAGAAGAGAGCGCAAAAAUAUACUCCUAACAACGAGAGCCAAGUAGACACGCUACAGCAUAAUAGAGCGCAAUCUCAACUUUAUUCCGGGGCUGGAUCAUCAACUUCGUCGACCAGCGGCCCGAGACAGCAAUUGACUGGUAAUUUUUCAUUUCCUCCCUAUACGCAUUCGCAUCCGCAUCCCCAUCAACAAAAUUCUUUACCUUCGAGAUACCCUUCCCCGCCGUCUUUGCCGUCUGCACAGUCCGGCGAGUCAAUAGGACUGCCCGAUGCACGAUCUUAUUGUUUCGAACCUUCGUAUAGCCCCGGCCCGCAAACAGGAUUCGGGCAUUUGCACACACCCUCUGUAGAUUUGCAUUACCACAAAUCUCGCGCUCCACCAAUUGGCACUACAUACGACGUACCAGCGUACACGCAUGGCUACGAAGGUGGAACUUUUCCAAGAAAAAAGGAAAAUCAACGUUUUCGAAUACCGUCAAAUCCUAGUGUGACGUCAAAAAGCAGUGUGGGUAAAUUGUCCACCGGCAGUAUAGAAAGAACUUCGGAAAGAGGCAGUCCGAUGCCAACAUUCCAUGUGGAAGUACUUAGCCCUGGUACCGGUGGCGGAACUAGUUCUGGUGGAACCAUCAGAGGAAGUAGUAGCAACAAACGGUCCAGCAUGCCAGACUAUUGUUACUCUCAACCUAGACCAGCACCUGGAGAACUUCGCAGAGUUCAUAUAGACAAAUCGGUCGAGCCCUUAGGGAUCCAGAUUUCUUGCUUAGAAAGCGGCGGUGUAUUCGUUUCUACUGUUAGCGAGCACAGCUUAGCGUCUCAAGUCGGUCUUCAAAUUGGCGACCAGUUGCUUGAAGUCUGCGGUAUCAACAUGAGGAGUGCUACUUAUCAACUUGCUGCCAAUGUGUUACGUCAGUGUGGUAAUUCCAUUACGAUGCUGGUGCAGUACAGUCCAGACAAAUACAAUGAAUUAGAAGGCUCUGCCUCUUCAAGUUCAUCAGAAGCUGGUGGUGCUGAAGGAGCUAGUCGUAGUGGAUCACCAACUCCAUGUAACAGUCCUGAAGCUCCUAGAAAAACAACUAUUGAGCCAUUGGAAAGUUCGGAACCUGAACGCGAUGCUUCUAGUAGUUUAAGUACAACACGUGAUACUUCUAAUACCUUGACUAUUAUGCGUGAAACUUCAAAUACUUUAGAACCACCUCGUACAAUUCGAGAAAGAGACAUCAGAAAUUCCGCUUCCUUGGAAGUACCAAGCACACAACAGAGGGAACGAGAAAUUAGAGCGUCAGCAUCUUUAGAUAUUAAUAUCAGGAAACCGGAGCUUCGUAGUUCAGCUACGUUGGAGAGUAUGCGUAAUUCUGCAACUAUCGAUUCAUUGCGUGGUACACGCGCGCAGCUUAACGUAGCGUUGCAACGGCAGAAUGCUACUGUAAGAAGUCCGACACAAGAAGAUCAAAAUCGUAAAAGUCCGCCACCAAGUGAACCGAGAUAUCUUUUCAUCGAAACGAGGAAAUGUUCGAACUUGGGUAUCUCACUCGUUGGUGGUAAUGGCGUUGGAAUAUUCGUACACUCGGUUCAACCAGGGAGCCUCGCGGAAGAGGCAGGAUUGCGUACCGGUGAUCGUAUCCUAGAAUAUAAUGGUGUUGAUCUUAGACAAGCAACCGCAGAACAAGCUGCCUUAGAAUUGGCUAGACCAGCAGAUAAAGUAACGCUGAUUGCUCAAUAUGUACCUGAAAGGUAUAACGAAGUAAAAGAUAAACCUGGAGACAGUUUUUAUGUGAAAGCAAUGUUCGAUCGAGUAGGCGAAGUUGGAGAUAGCCUACAACUUAGGUUUAAUAAGGAUGAUAUUUUAUAUGUUGAUAAUACAAUGUUUAAUGGUACUCCGGGUCAUUGGAGAGCUUGGAUAGUUGAUCAAACUGGAAGAAGACAAACAUGCGGUAUAAUUCCGAGCAAAUUCAAGGUCGAAGAAGAAUUGCUUUUACGGCGUUCAUUGGGCGAUUUAGAAACAGAUACUACUAGACGGGGUAGCACAAGUGCAAGAAGAAGCUUUUUCCGUCGAAAGAAACAUCAACGUUCUUCCAGCAGGGAUAGCAAAGAAUUAUCACAUCUUACAGGAGUAAAUUUGGGUUGGUACAGUGAUAGUGGGACAUUAAAUGAAGAAACUCUCCCAGCAAGCUACCAGCAUCCAGCUUUAAGACCUGUGUUAAUUAUUGGUCCAUUGAGCGAAUGUGUAGUAACAAAACUAUUACAAGAAUUUCCAGGACAGUUCACCAGGUGUCUUGCAGAAGCUAUGCACUGUUCUCAAGCGACGCUCGAACAAGGUUUGCGAGAUUCACUUUAUGUGGACUAUAGAAAAAAAGGAAGCUAUUUCGAGUGUACUACAGUACAAGCUGUCAAGGACAUCUGUGAGAAGAAUACUCACUGCAUAUUGGAUGUAUCGAUUGCAUCGAUCGAGCGACUUCAUCGACAUCAAAUCUAUCCUAUAGUUCUGUUGAUUAAAUUUAAAAGCACCAAACAAAUAAAGGAGGUCAAAGAUUCCAGAUAUCCAAGCGACAAAGUUAGUGCCAAGGCGGCCAAGGAGAUGUACGAACAAGCAUUGAAGUUGGAAGCUGAAUAUAAACAUUAUAUAUCUGCUGUAAUUCCAGCUGGGGUAAAUGUCGCGUAUAUAUGUACGCAAGUGAAAGCCGCAGUAGAUGAAGAACAAAGCAAAGCGCUGUGGGUUCCUAGAGGGCUUCCCUGACGUUUAAGGGGGGGUCCCCAUAAACCACAGUGGAAAUCAAUCUAAAUUCCACCAGGGGGCCCUUACGUUGUACGAUUGUACAAAAAUUGUUACAAGUUUGUUUAUUUAUGGUCUCUUUUUGUCACAAUGGUAUGUAAGAAUUUCGAUUACUUACUACGAUCUUUUAAAUUAUUUUACUAUUUAUUCAAAGUGUAAGGUGUUUCUUUCCCUUUCUUUUUAUCUUUUAUUUUAAAAGAUUCUGGAUUAUACAAUUUAUUUUAACCCCUAACGGACGUAUCUUACCUCUUAUGUGAUACAGCAAUUUUUAUCAUUAAGAGUACUUUGCUUUACCGGGCGCUGAACUGAAGUGUAAUAUAAAAUUUUUUUUAGCGCAAGAAUGUUAAACAAUUGUUAAGAAUUUCACGAAUCUCUAUAUUUGUCGAACGCGAAGUAAAGUAGUCUCUACAAGUAACAGUCGUUAGCAUUUUUCAUCGUUUUAAAUUUUUAUCCAUUAGAAUAUAUGGAUAACAUGUAUUGGAAAUAGAUAAUUUGUCCGAUGAAUUUAUAAUUGUAAGCCGGGGGGAAAAAAUUAAAUCCAGUAAUACUCUCAUCCUCUUCAGACGAGAAAGAUGAAUCUUACAUUAUUUUAAAAAAAUCAGAUGGGAAGCGUUGACGUUCGUUAAGGGUUACUAAGCUUUGUCAUUUAGUAUUUUAAUAAGUAUUCAACAUAUUUCAGUAAAUAUUUGACUCUAUUUAAAUAACACUAUCAUUCCUAUAAAAUGUUAUGGAACAUACAAGAUUUCAUAUAAAAAAACAAUCUUAAUAUUUAAACAUAUAUAGAUAACAUUUGUAUUACAAAAAAAGAAAAGAAAAGAAGGAA